AUGAGAAGGCAAUUAAAUAUUUCCUAAAAUUAGUAAACAACAGACAGCAUGCAACAGAUUGGGGCGAUGUAGUAAGCAUUAAAUAUAUAAAAGAAUUAGAUAAAAAUAAGCCUUUGAAUUAUUGAGUUACACUUUGCUUUCAAAUUCUAUCUAUGUAAUUACAGUAUUGAUUUUAUGCUUUGAACUUGCUUAUGAUGGAAAUAUGUUAAGUGUGAUAUAUUGCAUAGAUUCAAAAUUAUUAUUAUAAAUUCUCCAUCAACUAUACUUUUAUAGGGCAUUUGCUAAAAUACAUGUGUAAGAGCAUAUUAUAUAUUAUUAUAUUAAAGAAAAUACAAUCACGCCUUAAUAAGAUUAUUCUAAAUAUUCAUUGAAGUAUGCUAUGUGCUCUCACUUAAUAUCUAUGCUGUCACUAGAAAAAAUAAGUUGAUGCUGCUUUCAAAUACGUUUCCUCUUAUAAAUAUAUCCCUAUCAUUGGUAGUCAAGUUUAAUGAAGGGAAUUAGCUGUUUAAAGAAUCAGUACAAUAAAUUAAUUCGUUUAAUGUAUUAAGAAACUUUUGCAUUUUGCUAACAUCAAUAUUUUUCAGUUUAAAAAUAGAAGGAUACUUGGAUAUUGAUUGGUUAUACACUUUAUGGGUGUUUUGGCUACUAUUUAGUUUUACAGCAUCAUUUAUUGUAUAUUACAUUUUUGUUGUAUUGGCCUUAGGAGUUCAAGUUAUUUUGGAUUAGGGCAAUUAUGAAAGAAACCUGGGUUUAUUAUUAUAAAUUAUAAUUAGUGAUAAAGAAUGUUUGGGUAUUGCUGUUUCUGAUAUCGUGUUCCUCGAUGUUCUUUGUCAUACCAAUAUCUAUAUUAAAUUUUACUACUUAAGGAAAUUAUGAAGGACCCGUUUAAGCAAGUAGAAUCAUCUUGAUAGCCAACUCAAUAAUAUUCUCUUAUUUUAAUGCGAAAUUUAAAUCAGAGUUAAUUUUGGCUUCAAAAAUGUUCUUGUCUCUUAAUGACUCCAUAAAUCCACUUCAUACUAUGAUCACUCAACAAGGGGAAGCCCAAAUUCAGCAAUUUAACAAGUAAGACUAUUUAGAGAGUCAAGCUUCAGAAGCAUAAAUGCGAAUUCCAAGAAUGGUCAAAAGGAUUUCAAAAACUUAUUUUGGCUUUGAUGAUCUUAAUUAAUAGAAAAAAAGUGAUUCCAAAAUAUAAGCAUUAAAUAAAAAGCCCACUCAUCAUAAAGCUUUAUCAUCUCAUAUUCAAAAACCAACCGAAUAGAAUGAUGAAAGGAUAAAACUCGCAUCUAUGAUGAAUCUAAAAUUUAAUGAAUAAGAAAAUAUAGAGGAAUUAAAAGGAACUUCCAUUUUGCAACACCAAUAAAAUGUAUUAACGAUUUGAUAUCAAUAGGAAAAUUAACAAAACUCAAUAUCUUUGUCAUCCAUAAAUUUGUGUUGUAUCUGCUAUGAUAGUAAUCCAGAUGCUUUGUUUAUGUAAUGCGGUCAUGGUGGUGUAUGCUAUCAUUGUGCUUUAGAUAUGUGGAAAAACAAAGAUGAAUGUUACUUAUGUAGAAAGGUUAUAUCAUAAAUUUAAUCUUAGAAAAUAGAUCGAGUGUUAUAGAUUUAAAUCUGUGAAAAUGCUAAUAAUUUAUAUUAAGUAGUUGGAGCUACGUAAAUGAAUUCAAAUUAGAAAUAAAAACAUAAAAUUAGUUAAUAACAUGAUUAAUGA